AUGUCAGCUCCCCGACUUUUCCGCCCAACAGCUCGUCUGUUUUCCUCGCGCCUUGCUUCCACUGCUCUGCGCUCGAAUCUCCGCCAGACCGCCUGUGCUCCUUCAAUUCUGCGCCGUGGAUAUGCUACCGAGAAUGGCAAUGGCACCAAGCAGGUCACCGUUCGUGAUGCCUUGAACGAGGCCUUGGCAGAGGAGUUGGAACGCAACCAGAAGACCUUCGUCCUUGGUGAGGAAGUCGCACAGUACAACGGAGCAUACAAGGUGACCAAGGGUCUGCUCGACCGCUUCGGCCCCAAGCGGGUUAUCGAUACCCCCAUCACAGAGGCCGGCUUCUGUGGUAUCGCCGUUGGUGCUGCUCUCGCUGGUCUGCACCCCAUUUGCGAGUUCAUGACCUUCAACUUCGCCAUGCAGGCCAUCGAUCAGAUUAUCAACUCCGCCGCUAAGACUCACUACAUGUCCGGUGGUAUCCAGCCUUGCAACAUCACUUUCCGCGGUCCCAACGGUUUCGCUUCCGGUGUCGCCGCCCAGCACUCCCAGGACUACUCCGCCUGGUACGGCAGCAUUCCCGGUUUGAAGGUUGUCUCCCCUUGGAGCGCCGAGGAUGCCAAGGGUCUGCUGAAGGCUGCUAUCCGUGACCCCAACCCCGUUGUUGUUCUCGAGAACGAGCUUAUGUACGGCCAGGCUUUCCCCAUGAGCGAGGCUGCCCAGAAGAACGACUUCGUUCUGCCCAUCGGUAAGGCCAAGAUUGAGCGCCCCGGAAAGGAUCUUACAAUCGUCUCUGUGUCUCGCUGCGUCGGUCAGUCCAUGACCGCCGCCGCCGAGCUCAAGCAGAAGUACGGUGUCGACGCUGAGGUUAUCAACCUGCGCUCCAUUAAGCCCCUCGAUGUUGAGACCAUCGUUGCCUCCCUCAAGAAGACCGGCCGCAUCAUGGUCGUUGAGUCUGGCUACCCCAUGUUCGGUCUUUCUUCCGAGAUCAUGGCUCUCUCCAUGGAGUACGGCUUCGACUACCUGACCGCCCCCGCUGUCCGUGUCACCGGUGCCGAGGUUCCUACCCCUUACGCCGCUGGCCUUGAGGCCAUGGCCUUCCCCCAGGAGGACACCAUUGUCAGCCAGGCCGCCAAGCUUCUGCGCCUGUAA